AUGACUGGAUCCUCUUCUUCUACAUCAUCUUCUACACUUUCUGAUAAACCUUCUUCUACGAUAAACAUUAAACAUGUUGUUCCCUUGGUACUUGAUUUGGAUCGUAUGAAUUACGAUAUCUGGCGUAAGCUUUUUGAGAUCCAUUGCAUUGGAUACGGAGUCAAAGAUCAUCUUGAACCCCCAAAAGAAAAGAUUUUUGCAGAAAAAAAUGAUGAAUGGACCCGGUUAGAUGCCAUCGUGAAGUCUUGGAUGUAUGGCACCCUUAAAAUCUCUCUUCUUCACCUGAUUUUUGAGAAACAGAAAACAACAUAUGAUGCUUGGCUGAAACUUGAAAAAGUUUUUCGAACCAACAAAGAAAAUAAGGUAAUUCAACUGGAUAAUGAACUGAGGAAUUUUACCAUUGGAACUUAUUCUGUUACAGAAUAUUAUAAUCGUAUCAAAAACCUUGCUGGUCUCCUCAAUAACAUGGAUGCAAAAGUUGUUGAACCUAACCUUGUUGUUUACACCUUAAAUGGGUUGUCUCCAAAAUUUCGAGUCUUUGCAACUACAAUCCUUCAUCGGGAUCCUUUACCCUCGUUUUGGGACGUCAGGUCCAUGCUCAUCCAGGAGGAACAACAACUUAUUCAAGAAGACAACCGUCAAUCUUCUCUUACCAACUACGAUAAUGCCUCAUCACCUCAUGCCCUUGCCACUAAAUCUACAAAUUAG